AUGAUUAUUCACUCCACCAACUAAACCACCUCUAAUCUAACCGAUCAAGACAUUUCAAAGAAGAGUGAGGUGAGAAAACGGAGGAAGAAGAUAGUAAGGCGAAUAGUCAAAUCCAUAACCGGUGGCGCCGGUUGAUGGUCGAUAGACCCCUCUCUCCUCCCAUCAUUAACUCAUCAUCACUGCAUCUCUCUCUUCUCCCUCCCUCUCUUCUCUCUCUCUCUUCAGCGCCUGCAAAAAUUAGGCGCCGAAGAAUUUUUGUCUUCUGCAGAGUUCCGAGAGCUGGAUUGAUCUAAAACUCUCAUCUCUUUGUUGAAUUACGUCGCCUAAUUCGAAUUCUGCUUCUCCGCCGUAUCUAAUGGCUCGUUCAAAUGUGCCAAAAUUUGGCAACUGGGAAAACGACGACAACGUUCCUUACACCGUUUAUUUCGAAAAAGCAAGGAAAAACAAAGGUGGGAAAAUGAUAAAUCCAAAUGAUCCUAUGGAAAAUCCGGACAUGUUCCCCGAUGCCGAUCCUCCGCCUCCGCCUCCGGCCGCAGCCGCCCCCCCUCCGGCAAACCCACGUCCCCGGCCAGACGAGCCUAACGGGCGGGGAGCAGCCGGGGCGAGGCCCGAACGUAGGGUGAGCAAAGAGGAAGAUGCUGAUCUUCACAGCUCUAGUGAAAAUCCAGGUCCAAGGGCUGCAAGUGAGUCGAGCUACGCUGGCCGGGGCCAGAGGGCUGCACGCCCUGCCCGAGCCAGUGCAGGGUCCGAGCAGAGCUUCGAGCGCUCGCCCCUUCACCCCCAUCAUCAGGCGAAACUCACAGGGGGACGGGGCAGCGGCUCGCCUGCUUGGGAAGGGAAGAGCCAUGAUAGUAGCCAUGGCACCCCGGGAAGAUCCAAGCUAAGGCCAACUAGUCGAGGCGACGAGAGUCCCGAUAAAGGUGCAGCCGUGCCAAGAUUUGGCGAGUGGGACGAGAACGACCCUCAGUCGGCCGAAAACUUCACGCACAUUUUUAACAAAGUGCGUGAAGAGAGGAAUACCGGAGCUGGGAACGUCUCCGGGACUCCCAGGCAUCCGUCCUAUGGCACGCCCGGGAGACAGAAGGACCAACCUAAGAAAUGCUGCUGCGGGUGGUGGUAGAGGAGGACGAGGAAGAAGAAGAAGAGUUGGAACAUGUGUGGAUGGAUUGUGCAUUAUUUGAUUUUAUAUUAGUGUGCUGCUAGUAAAAAAAUAAAACAAGAGGUCUCAUUUGUUAUCUGAAUCGCCUUUGUCGUUGUCGUCGUCGUCGUCACCGCCGUCGUCUCUGAAAUUUCAGGGAUGACAUCUGCUUAGUUUUGGUCUUUCAGUUUCUCCCACUUCUGUAGUUAUGGAUGAUAUAUAGCGUUUACUUAUGCUAGAUAUUCUUUCAUUCUGAUUCUCUCUCUCUCUCUCUCUAGAGCUCUUGCUCUUGUUGUAAUGAAAUCUCUUUCUCUCUGAUUUUGUAAUACCUAAUCACACUGUAUCUUCGAAAGUUGGAACAUCAUAGUUAAAUUACAUGUCUGCAGAAUUGAUCUUUGAA